AUGCGAGGCAGAACCAACAUGCUUCUGGGCUGCGUGCUCCUCUGCUCCGCCUCCCUGAUCUACCUGGGCAUGAACACUAUGGACUGCCCUCGGAAAAGCCACCGCAACCACUGGAUGGCGCUCAACAUGGCCUCGGGCAAUCAGAGUCUGCCGCACUUCCCGGAAGACACGCCACUCAUCUUCAUCGGGGGUUUUCCUCGGAGCGGCACCACGCUGAUGCGCGUAAUGCUGGACGCGCACAGCGCCGUUCGGUGUGGAGAGGAGACCAGGGUGAUCCCUCGCCUCCUGGCUAUGAGGGCCACCUGGAGUCGCUCCGUCAGGGAGAGGAUACGCCUGGAUGAGGCCGGCGUCACUGACCAGGUGUUGGACGCAGCGGUGCGAGCCUUUCUGUUAGAGGUCAUAGUCGGUCAUGGAGAGCCUGCACCUCGCCUUUGCAACAAGGACCCAUUUGCGUUGAAGUCCCUGUCUUAUUUGGCGCGCAUCUUCCCCAAAGCCAAGUUUGUCCUCAUGCUGAGAGACGGACGGGCAACCGUCCACUCCAUGAUAUCUCGCAAGGUGACCAUCUCAGGGUUCGACCUGAGCAGCUACAGAGACUGUCUGACCAAAUGGAGCAGCGCAGUGGAGGCCAUGUUCAGCCAGUGCCAGGCGGUGGGGGAAACGCGAUGUUUACCUGUCCGAUACGAGCAGCUAGUUCUUCACCCUGAGCAGGAAAUGAGGAACUUGCUUCAUUUCCUGGAGCUGCAGUGGGACGCCUCGGUGCUGCACCAUGAAGAGCUGAUUGGGAAGGCUGGCGGCGUUUCGCUGUCCAGGGUUGAACGCUCCACAGACCAGGUGGUGAAGCCAGUGAACACUGAGGCCCUCUCUAAGUGGGUGGGAAACAUUCCCAGCAAUGUGAUCGACGACAUGGCUGAAAUCGCCCCGAUGCUCGCUCGCCUGGGCUACAAUCCGCACGCCAACCCUCCUGAUUACACAAAAGUGGAUCCCAUCACGUCUCCUUUUAACCACAUACAGAGAGAGAAAACAGCAGCAGACUCUCCUCAUCCCAGUUAAAGAUGGCAGCUAUGUGCCGCCUUACGGCCGCACCUUGAACACAGACUUUCAUUCUCACCUCACAGGGAGAACAGCAGCGCUGCAAUUACAUUAAAUUCAUCUCAAGACUUGUUUACAGUUUCCAUUUUCAAAGACUGGUGGACUAUCGGAUUGAUUUGCAUUUUAAAUGUGAGCUCUUCACAGUGAACUGUUUUCCACAGAUUCUUGACGCAUCCCAUCACCUCCUUGACAGUGUUUCAACUUUUCUCCCAAGUUCAUCGCAAUGUGAAUGUGUAUUCAGACCAGUAACUCACUAAGAGCUCAGUCAGUGGUUGUCAAGCAUAAUGACUGUAUAUUUUUCAAAAUGUACUUUUAUUUUGUUAAUAAAUUAUUUUGGUUGAAUGGUCA